AUGUCGAUUUCUGCACGACGAUCCACCCUGCUUUUUCCUGGUCUCACUAGCCGUACUCCAGCUUGCUUGGGUCUCGCCUCUUUUCCAAAGUUGACCAGGGGCAUACACACAGACCCCCCUCCAACAGCUCAAGACAAUCCUCAUUUGUCCUACCCUCUUUCGGAUUUUAUCAUGGUGAUUCAGGUACUCGCGAGAGAAGAAGAAACCUGGUGCAUUAGCAAAGUGAUCAGACGCCUUCCGAUCACCAGGGUCUCGACACCCGUCAUGGAGUACAAGAACACCGGCACCCCUCUUGCCCUCGUGUUUGUGUCAUUUAAUCACUGA